AUGGAGCGCGAACGGGACCGGCUGGAGAGCUAUUCUCAUAACCGAGCCAAGAGUAACAGUAGCAUUACAGUUUCGUCAACUCCUGCUGGUGGCAGCACCAUCGGUCCAUCUCGUAGCAGCACCCUACCUCCUCUAAAUGGCCAAUCAGGGGGUGGCAAUUGUAGUCCUGGCCUUCUAGUCUCUGGACCGUCUUCCGGCUCUAGCCUCUCCGCAAGCCUUGGAGGAGGGGGUGGCAACUGUUGCAUUGGAAGUGCCGGUAGCAGUAGCAACAGUGUUGGUGGAGGUGGCCUGGGAUCUUGCCAACAGAUGGGGGGAGGCCGAGAUAUACGGCUUAGUUCUAGCGGAACAGGUGAUUUUGGACCGGCCAAUUUGGUUGCCUCCACCAAAAUGUCUGGUGGCGGCAACAACAAUUGUACUGUUCCCAUGAUCAAUGCAGCAGUCAACCCUAGCUCUACGCAUGCAGGCAACAGCACCAACAUGAGCAUCAGCAGUGGUGGUGUUGGUGUUGGAGGCGGAGUUGGGCCGAGUGGGGUUAGUGGAGGGGGUGGGUACCGGGAAUUGCAGCCAUUGGGCAAUCUAGGCUACAAUACUUACAUCCGCUCGAGUCCACAUCAUUUCCAGACAAGUCAGAUCAACGGCCUACUGCCGACGGCUGGUAUCCAGCUGCUGAUGCCUCCAACACCGCCGCCACCGCCGUCACCACAGCAACCCGUGCUAGUCCUGCCUGUUCAACAGGCGCUCCACCCUCUGCAGCCUUCUGGCGUUAGAGAUCCAGCCUCCCAUGAUGGCUUUGUACGCUCCGGACCAGUCAGCGGACAAAGAGGCGGCAGACAGACGACGGGCGGCCUUCAUUCUGCCCCCAAGGGGCACAACAGAUUGGGUUGCUUCGGGGCAAAUAACAACAACCUCAGCGCUGCGCAGCCGACUCCGCCUCCUCCUCCGCUAUCCCCGGUAGGUUGUUGUUGUUGUUGCAAUUUGUGGUAUUGUCUAAGCAACUAUUCUUGUCGACUAUUAGUUAGUUUUGAAUACCAACUUAGUAAGCAUAAAUAA